AUGGAUCCAAACAAAUGGACAGAUGCAACAGUUCAAAUGUUCAAAGAAUCACAAGAAAAAGCAUUUGAAAGAAAGAAUGCAUAUAUCAUGCCAAUUCACAUGAUGAAUGCAAUUGUUGAAGAAGAGUCGAAUAUUAUUAUCCGAAUAGUCGAGAUGAUGGGAGGUGAUGUUAGUAAAAUGAAGAAAGAAAUACAAGAAGGAAUGAAUAAGAUUCCAGUUCAAAAUCCACCACCAGUAGAAAUUGGACUUCAUCCAACAACACAACAAGUGAUAAGACGAGCAAUAGAGAAACAAAAGACAAUGGGAGAUACAUAUCUUGCAGUUGAUGUGAUAGUAAUGUCAUUGAUGGAAGAGAAAGAAAUUAGUACGAUAGUAGGAAAUAGUGGAAUUAAUGUUCUGGAAUUUAACAAAAAGAUAAUGGAAAUGAGAAAAGGACAAAGUGUAGAAACAAA